AUGAUUGCCGGUAUUGCCCACGUCAACCUCACCGUCCACCCUGGCACGCUGGAUGAUGCCCAGGAAUUCUACAGCACAACACUCGGAUUAACUCCGAGUCCUGUUCCAGAGCUUCAGAAAGGAACAAUCUUAUGGUUCGAUAUUGGCUCCAGCGGACAGCAAAUUCAUAUCAACGAAGGUUCAACGGAUCCCAAGCAUAGCCGACACCCCUGCUUUAAGCUCGAUACCCGUGACGAACUUGAGACACUUAAAAAGGCUAUUCACGAUCACCAUGUCAGAGGGGGUCCAUCAGCACCGAUGGCUGCCGAUAAACCAGGAGAAAUGGACUCUGGCACUCAAGGCAAGGAAUACCCCAAGCGAUUCUUCGCUCGGGAUUACGCCGGAAAUCUUCUCGAGUUCACUCUAUAA